CGAAUUGCGCCGCCGACACGACAACAAGUUCAGGACGACAGAUCGCCCACCAUGUCUCUCGUAUCCGGAGAGAAGUCGAACUUCCAAUACAUCCUUCGUUUGCUCAACACAAACGUUGAUGGCAAGCAGAAGGUUAUGUACGCCUUGACCAAGAUCAAGGGUGUUGGUCGUCGUUACUCGAACUUGGUCUGCAAGAAGGCCGAUGUUGACCUUACCAAGCGCGCUGGUGAGCUCACCACCGAAGAGCUGGAGCGUAUCGUCACCAUCAUCCAGAACCCCACCCAGUACAAGAUCCCUACCUGGUUCCUCAACAGACAGCGCGAUAUCGUCGAUGGCAAGGAUGCUCAGGUCUUGGCGAACGGUGUCGACAGCAAGCUCCGUGAGGAUCUUGAGAGACUGAAGAAGAUCCGCGCUCACCGUGGUCUCCGUCACUACUGGGGUCUCCGUGUCCGUGGUCAGCACUCCAAGACUACUGGUCGGAGAGGCCGUACCGUCGGUGUCUCCAAGAAGAAGGGAUAAACAAUUCGCCUCACAAUGGGUUUGGUUUGCGUGGGGGUUCUGUGGGCGCGUGUCUUCUCAUGAUGUACUGCAGAAGCUCAUGGUUGAGCGCCUUACAAAUGGAUACUUGUUGUACACAAAAAGUCUUGGUGUCAAUUUCGAGUUUUGGGAGCCAAUCCGGAUGAUUUUCAUGAUGCCCGAAAGAUUUUUUAUCGCAUGCGACUCGAUCUUCAUUGCCUCGCUCGAACCGAACAACCUUCCACCGAUCUCGGAUUUAGAGAGGAAGGAAGCGAUUCAGCCGUGUUCCACUGGCUGGAGCAGUAUUUCUCAAUUUCGAUCGACAGAAAUGAUGUCUAUCCCAUCCCACCCAUAUACUCAGCACUUUCUCUCUUUCCUGGCUGCAUAUGUUUGAAAAAUGUGCACCUCCACUGGAGCAAAAAUGGCUCAUCAUUUCCCAUAAUAAUCUGAUUUUCCCGAAUAAUUGAUCCC